AUUUAUGCUGCCGCCGACAUUGUUAGUGUCAGCUGCCGCCACUCGAUUGUUUUUUUAAACUUUCAAACAAACGUAAACAAGCAAAAAAAUGGAUGAACAAUUGCAGCAAAUUUUCAAAUUACGACCUUUGCAAACAAAUUGCAUUGCCUAUCGUAGUUCUACGGAUGAUUAUCGCAAAAUAAUGAAGCAAACUUGUGUUUCAGAAUUAAAGAAUCUGGUCAAUGUGGACAUGAAAAUUGAGCAAGUCCAACUGAAAAUGCCGGAUGAAAAUCAAAUACCCAGAACAAGCGAAGAAAUAAAGAAAUCGAAGGCAGACGAAUUAUUGAAUGAAAUUAGUGUGGUGGAAGACGGUCUAAUGUUGUUAUAAAAAAACAACGUUAUUAAUGUAAUUUAAUUAUUAAUCAGCAUUACUUUAUUAAGAUGUUUAUAUACUAAACAUAAGCAGUCAUAUGAAGGUUUAAAUACCUAGAAAAAACAUAAUAUUGUACACAAAAGCGUUGUAAAUUAGAUUUUGUAAACUUACCGUAAAUAUGGGAAUUAUGGGUUUGUUAAGAAAUAAUUUGCCUUUGGUUCUUAAAAUAAGUAAAUAACGAAAAUCCAACUGUAAAAAGUAAACAACAAAAUUAAUAACUUAAUUAACGUCUAUAAAUAGAAUAUUACUUACAUCUUCUAAAACUUCAUUGAUAACUAUGUCGUGUAUAUUACAGGCAGCCACAAAUCUAUUUUUCUGACCCAUAAAUUUUUGUAUUUGCAAAUGUAAACCAAAAUCGUAACAAAAAAUAAAUUUUUCUAAAGAAAUCA